AUGGAAAGUUUUCUUAAUAGGCUUGAACAAUAUAAACCAGAUGACGCUACCAGAGCGUUUUGUAGAAAAUAUAUAUACUAUUUAGUAGUUUACAAUAUUUUUAUUUUAAUAUUGUUUAUAUAUAGUUUCUAUUCAUAUUCCUUAUCUCCAUAUGGGUGGCUAUUAUUUACCAAUAUGUACUCCUGUGUAUUCCCGAUAUGUGUCUUUAUACGAAAAUCAUAUAUACCCUCAUUGUUGAGGUUUUAUAAUUGGAUGCUAAUUGUAACUAGUAUAUUCUCCGUUUAUAUCAUUUUCGAAGGUUUAUUUAUAUAUGAUUAUAGUGAUUUCAUUUUAAUAAUAAUAUAUUCUAUAUUAACAUGGAUUAAUAUGGGAUUAUGCUGGAAAGCCACACAAAAUAUAUUCGAUGGAGAAAAAGAACAAGAUACACUUUUAGAUAAAUUAAAUCCCGGUUUCAAUGAUUCCAAAAAAAAUAAUAAUAAAAAAUGGAAAAUUAAAAAAAAAUUCUUUGGCAAGGGUAAAACAACAAAAGGCAAUGAAAUUGAUGAAGACGUAUAA